AUGCUUCAUGUUGUGCGGGCUAUACACUCAUUACUGAAGGCCCCUCCAGUUAUUUUAAGAAAUAUAUCAACCAAUAAUAAUGUCUCAGACCUUUCCAAAAUUCGUAAUAUCGGUAUUUCCGCUCACAUUGACAGUGGGAAGACAACACUUUCCGAAAGAAUUCUUUUCUACACCAACAGAAUAAAAGAGAUGCAUGAAGUUAGAGGCAAAGAUGGAGUUGGUGCUGUGAUGGACUCAAUGGAGCUAGAGAGACUCCGUGGAAUAACAAUUCAAUCUGCUUCAACCUUUACAAUGUGGAAAGAUUGCACUAUCAAUCUCAUUGAUACACCCGGUCACGUAGAUUUCACAGUCGAAGUUGAAAGAGCUCUUCGAGUACUUGAUGGUGCAGUUCUAGUAUUAUGUGCUGUCGGUGGAGUCCAAUGUCAAACAAUCACAGUGACUAGGCAAAUGGAUCGUUAUAAUAUACCUCGAAUCGCAUUUAUUAACAAACUUGAUCGCCAAGGUGCAGAUCAUGUUCGAGUUCUUAAUCAAAUAAGGUCAAAGCUUAACUUCAAUUCAGCUUUUAUUAAUAUACCCAUAUGUCAAGAGCCAAAAAGUACAGGAAUAAUUGACUUGAUUAGUGAGACAGUUGUUUAUUUUGAUGAACCGUUUGGUUUAACUGUAAGACAGGAUGCUAUCCCAUCUUCCAUGUUAGCCGAAACUAAAGAACGUCGUGCUGAAUUUAUUGAAUGUUUAGCUAAUGCUGAUGACGAGAUUGGAGAAGCAUUUUUAAGUGAAAAGCCAUUAACUCAAGCUGAAUUAAAAGCUGGUUUACAUAGAGCUACACUUGCAAGACGAUUUGUUCCAGUUUUAGUUGGUUCAGCAUUACGUAACCGUGGUGUACAGCUUUUACUCGAUGCCAUUUGGAUUAUUUGCCUAAUCCUGGAGAAUGAAACUAGAAAGGUCCCACUGAAACCUGAACGAAGCAGUGAUAAUCCAUUCCUGGGACUGGCUUUCAAACUGGAAGCUAGUAAAUUUGGUCAGUUAACUUAUAUGCGUAUCUAUCAAGGUUGUUUACGUCGUGGUGAUUCAGUGAGAAAUUCUCGUACAGGUCGUCGUAUUCGAGUGUCUCGACUUGGUCGAUUAAAUGUUACAGAAUUAGAAGAUUUAGAAGCUGUUUAUGCAGGAGAUAUUGCUGCAUUUUUCGGUGUUGAUUGUGCAUCUGGUGAUACAAUGGUUGAUGUAAAUAUGAAAGAACCAUUAGCUAUGGAAUCAAUGUUCAUCCCAGAACCAGUUGUAUCAAUGUCAAUUAAACCGACAAAUAAAUCAACUAUUGAAUCAUUUAGUAAGGGUUUAGCACGAUUUACACGUGAAGACCCAACGUUUAUUCUUUCACAAGAUUCUGAUACUGGUGAAUCAAUAGUGUCUGGUAUGGGGGAAUUACACUUGGAAAUUUAUGCUCAACGUUUAGCACGAGAGUAUAAUGCACCAUGUAUAUUAGGUAAACCUCGUGUUGCAUUCCGUGAAACAUUAAGUGAACCAUUCGAAUUUGAUUAUCUUCAUAAACGACAAUCUGGUGGUGCUGGUCAAUAUGGUCGAGUAAUUGGUAUACUUGAACCUUUACCUCCUAAUUCCUAUACAAAAUUGAUUUUUUCCGAUGAAACAGUUGGUACAAAUGUACCUAAAAAUUAUGUUCCAGCUAUUGAAACUGGUUUUCGUAAUUCUUGUCAAGUUGGUCAGUUAGCUGGACAAAAAAUUACUGGUUUACGAUUUCGUUUACAAGAUGGAGAUAAUCAUUGUGUAGAUAGUAGUGAUUGGGCUUUUCAACAAGCAGCUGAAGGUGCUAUGAAACAAGCUAUGGAUGAAGGUUCCUGGUUAUUAUUAGAGCCGAUUAUGUAUGUGGAAGUAUCUGCACCAGCAGAAUUUCAAGGUGUAUUAAUUGCCACUGUAACACGACGUAAUGGUCUUAUUGUCAGUACGGAAGUUAGUGAAUCUUAUGCUAUGGUUAAUGCAGAAGUACCAUUAAAUGAUAUGUUUGGCUUUUCCGGUGAAUUACGCAGUAUUACUGAGGGUAAAGGUGAAUUUACAAUGGAGUAUCUAAAGUAUUGUCCAACUCGACAAGCAACUAGCGAUGCAUUAAUUGAAGAAUAUGAAGCAGCUGAAGAAGCGAAAUUGAUUGCUAGCGGUAAAGGUGGAGCAAUUACUAGAAGAAAGAAGAAGUAA